ACUGCACUGGGGAUAAUUAUGCUAAGCAUAGAGUCUCUGCAAGUACCACCAGGUACAUGCUCCACUAUCUGACAUCAAUCUGCGAUUAAAAUCUAGUUUACUUUCUUUCAGUGACCGUCCGACUGAAUCUGAAGGGACCCUCGGAGAUGGAGCUCAUCCCUAAAUUUUAUUGGGCCAACAACCACGAACUUUAACUUUUAGUUUGAGUUUGUCCUUUGACAUAGGCCCACAAGUGAUUGCGUAUAUAUAUGUACGUGCAUUAUUCUUGAAGGCCAAAUGAAGAAGCUAAUAAGAUGAUGAUGACCAACUCUUUCUUCUUCUUCUUCUUCAUUAUCUCCAUUGCUAUUAUUAUUAUUAUGAAUCAUGCCACCACAGUGUCAUCCCUGGCCUGCCAGAAAACCUGCGGGAGCCAGCUGAUCAAGUACCCGUUCGGGACCGGUCCGGGUUGCGGGGACCCGCGGUUCCAGCCCCACGUCACCUGCGACGCCCAACAACAGGUCCUGACCUUCGCCACCCACACCGGGUGCUACCCGGUCACCUCCGUCGACUACCAAACCCAAGUAAUUUACAUUUCUGACCCUUCCCUCUCCACCUGCUCCUGCACCCGAACCAGCCCCGGGUUCGGCCUCGACUCCGACGCCCCUUUCUCCUUCCACGACGACACCGCCGUCGCCCUCCUAGGAUGCACGGGAGGGGCAAAUUCGUCAACUCCGGAGUGUGAUGCGCUGGCGGCCCCGAUCUGCGACAUCCUGACCUCUUGCCAGCAACCCAUCACCACCAGCAAAGCAGACGACCUCCAACUCUCCGGCGGUUGCUGCGUGUACGCGCCGGUGGACCUGGGGCCGGCGUUCGAGAUGGACUUGCCGGAGCUGGGGUGCACCGGCUACUCGGCCAUGUACGGCGGCGAAGCGGGGGGGUGGAAGUAUGGGAUGGGGUUGAAGUAUAAGUUCAAUUACCGGAACGAUUACCCAGAUCUGUGCGAUGCCUGUGAGAAGAGUAACGGCGUUUGCGGGUACUCUGUCCAGUACAAAUCGUUCUUGUGUAACUGUCCUGGUGGCUUCAACACUAGCUCCCAUUGUUUCCUGAGUUCUUGGAGCAAUGGCUUCACCAUUUCCCCUUGGAAUACAGGAUUUUUGGUGGUUGUGAUUAUGGGAUUGUUCAUUGUAGUCCAAAAUGAAGUAGGCUACAAGCUGUGAUCAACCAUUAAUUUAACUUAAUUGAUUGCAUAAUUCAGCAUUAUGAAUUGACCAGCUCAAUUGUUCAUUAUUGGAUGCUUUUCUAAAAUGUUGCAUUAUCUUAAUUUUAGUGUUGCUUUUUGUUGUUCUUUUUAUGUCUCCUAAUUAUUAAUCCUUGCCAUUCAUUGAGUUUGUAUAAUUGAUUUGAUAUUUAUGAAAAAUUGGACGUUUGAUAUCUAACAAAGUAAAUUAGAAAAAAAUAAUUAAAAUUUAAUUUCAUUA